AUGUAUUCAAAACCUGUUGACAGUGCAUUAUACAGUAGUAUUACUCCUCCACUUCCUCAUACUACUUCUACCGUAAAUGUAAAUAAUAUCCAUCUUCCAAGCAGUGACAUUGAUACUUCCAGUAAUAUUACAACAUCACUUCCAUACGAUAAAGAUUAUUGUAACAAGCGAUCGCCAAUAAUUGUCCCGUCACUAUGUACAGUAAGUAAAACCAUCUCUGAGACAGAAUUUCCCACGUAUUCUUCAUCCUUAACAUACUCAGUUCCACCACUUACAACCGCAUGUACUACAACAGUGAUAGUAUCACCAAACCAUUCAGCUUUGUUGUAUGAAUCUAGCGUAUUCAGCUCAAAUUGUUCUCAAAAUGUCUUUAUUCUGAAAACGGGAUCAUCAGUUGAAGAAAUGAAUAGUGAAAACGAUCAUUUAUCAACAUCUUCAUCAUCAUCACUAUCAAAGCAUUCCAAUCGUCAAAAUGAUUCUAGACCUAAUUCGUACAAUACUUCAUCUGUUAACUCUUGUUCUUCCUUAAGUCCAGUUUAUCAUCAUAAUUCUUUUAAAGCUAUUGAUCAUACAAAUGUAGAUAUGUCUGACAGUUGUUCAACUGUUAUUUGUAAUUUAACCACUCCUUUCAUGAUUACUGAUUCUUUAAAUUUGGUUUCAAUUGAAUCUUCUGAUAAUUCUACUAUUACUACUACUGAUUCUAUCAUGAAUAUUGCUUCUUCAUCUACCGGCCUGUCUACAGAUACAUAUACAAGUCUGGGUAAUCUACCUUUAACAGAUUCUUCUUUAGUUUGUCGAAGUCGUUCUUACUUACCUACGCAUAUUAUGGAUUCUCUAGACUUCACUGAUUUAACUCAAAAGCUAGUACCACUACUACAACUACUACAACUACAACGACGACAACAACAAUAUUGA